AACUGAAAUUUGUUCAACUUGACUUUGUGCUGUGACGGUGUUGUGUGUGCUCGUCUUUUUUUCCCUUGCCACUCUUAAAGAUGGAAGAGGCCAUCGGCCACAAGACCGAAAGCCUGUGCAAAGUCUGCGGAGACAAAGCGUCGGGCAAACAUUAUGGAGUGUCCAGUUGCGACGGAUGUCGAGGUUUCUUCAAAAGAAGCAUCCGAAGGAAUCUGGAAUACGUUUGUAAGGAGAGUGGAAGGUGUGUGGUGGACGUGACCAGACGCAACCAGUGCCAGGCCUGCAGGUUCAAAAAAUGCCUGCAAGUUAACAUGAAACGAGACGCGGUUCAACAUGAGCGAGCCCCCAGAUCGAGCCACCCAGCCCUUCACUAUCCAGUAGGUUUAACGCCGCGGUUUCGGUCGCUGCAGCCAUCAUCAAUGUUUCCCACAUUGCCGCUGCAUUUUCCUGCUACUCACCUGCUCGACCAAUCUCUGGCACCCCCUCUGAUCAACGCGCAAAGCAAUUAUAUGCAUCAGAGCCUGAUUUACCCCACCAUGUUGAGCAGCCAGUUUGUGAAACCGAAUGGAUUGUAUCCAGUAUUAGGCGCAUGCCUGCCCUUUUCAGACAAACCAACAUCACACAUCAAGCAGGAUUUGGCGCUUAGAGAUGGACGAAAGGAGGAUGAAGUGAGCAGUUCCGAAGAAAUCAGCCAGGAGAAAAGAGAUGGGACUUCAGAUGGGCCAAUGAGCGUCAACGCCCGAUUGGAACUGCCCAUUUUAAGCAAUGUGGAACCCAAACAUGCCGGUUUGGUUCCAGUAGAUUUACCAUGCAUGUCAGUUUUUGCGGAAAACACCUACGAAUCCGCUGCAAAGCUGCUGUUUUUGGCCAUAAAGUGGGCUCGAACUAUACCCUCGUUUCUCCAGUUAUCUCAAAGAGACCAGUCGAUUCUGCUUGAGGAAAGCUGGAGCGAGCUCUUUGUGCUCACAGCCUCCCAAUGGGCUCUUCCAGUGGAUGAAGUUAUUUUAGUGAACAAUGCGGUGGCUCCCACAUCAAGGCACCCAGUUCUGGAAGAAGACGCCCGAAAGCUCAGAGAGGUGAUUUCCAGACUGAACAUGCUCAGAGUGGAUCACACAGAACACGCCUGCUUAAAAGCUCUGGUAUUAUUCAAAGCUGAAAGCCGAGGCCUUUGUGAGCCAGCCCAUGUGGAGCUUUUGCAAGAUCAAACGCAUGUGAUGCUGCACGAAUAUUGCGCGGAAAGACAGAGCCAUCAGAAGGCCAGAUUUGGGAAGCUGCUUCUCGCCCUGCCGGCCGUCCAGAACAUUUCCAGAAGAAGCCUAGAGGAGCUGCUGUUUAAGCAGACUGUUGGGGAGGUUGCAAUCGAUAAACUGCUAGGGGACUUGGCUAAAGCAUCCUACACAUAA